AUGGCGGAUGAUUCCUCGCCGGUCUUUCUGGAGGUUUUUUGUGAGAUUUCUGGUAAGGAGUACCGAUUCACAGCUGGGACCAAAGCCGAAUUUGUUGUCUCUGUGAUCAAUAGGAAACUUGGUUCUUUAAAAUCUCGAGUUGUUUACAUCGAAGCGGUUAAAGAAGGCGAAGAGCCAAUCAGUUUUGGAAAUGAUGCUAUUCUUGUGAAUUAUGGACAUGGUUGGAAGUUGAAGACUGUGAUUGAGUCUGAAAUUCAUGGAACUGAGAAAAAGAACGAUCUUCUUCAGCGAGAUCUCCCACGCAAGUUUGCUUCUGGUUCCAAAGAUUCAAAGUCCACAAGUGUUGAAGGAGAUCAAAGUCUGAAAUACAUUGGGAGAAUAAUGGUUGCAUUUCUUUUCAUGUUCAUCCUCGGUGGCCUCUUCACAAUUGCUCUUGAGAACCUUCCUGGACUAAUAUUGCUCUUUUACAACUCUUCCAUAUAA